AUGUGCAACAAACCCUCAGCUGUGCAGGGCAUUGUGAAGGUAGCUGAUUUCUUUUCAAGGUGGGCUCAAGCUAUAGCUCUGGAUGGGACUGUGAAAAAUUCUUUGACGGUACAGAAGCUGCUUCUCAAACUGUCAACACCUUGUCACCAAGAGUGGGAAGAGAGCUCCUUCAAUAAUAUGAAGGCUCUGAUGACCUCACCUGUCUCCACCAUUGCCAGCGAUCGUCACAGUCCCUCACCAUUCAUUACAGCCUCACCUGUCCCCACCAUUGCCAGCGAUCGUCACAGUCCCUCACCAUUCAUUACAGCCUCACCUGUCCCCACCAUUGCCAGCGAUCGUCACAGUCCCUCACCAUUCAUUACAGCCUCACCUGUCUCCACCAUUGCCAGCGAUCGUCACAGUCCCUCACCAUUCAUUACAGCCUCACCUGUCCCCACCAUUGCCAGCGAUCGUCACAGUCCCUCACCAUUCAUUACAGCCUCACCUGUCUCCACCAUUGCCAGCGAUCGUCACAGUCCCUCACCAUUCAUUACAGCCUCACCUGUCUCCACCAUUGCCAGCGAUCGUCACUGUCCCUCACCAUUCAUUACACCCUCACCUGUCCCCACCAUUGCCAGCGAUCGUCACAGUCCCUCACCAUUCAUUACAGCCUCACCUGUCCCCACCAUUGCCAGCGAUCGUCACAGUCCCUCACUAUUCAUUACAGCCUCACCUGUCCCCACCAUUGCCAGCGAUCGUCACAGUCCCUCACCAUUCAUUACACCCUCACCUGUCCCCACCAUUGCCAGCGAUCGACACAGUCCCUCACUAUUCAUUACAGCCUCACCUGUCUCCACCAUUGCCAGCGAUCGUCACAGUCCCUCACCAUUCAUUACAGCCUCACCUGUCCCCACCAUUGCCAGCGAUCGUCACAGUCCCUCACUAUUCAUUACAGCCUCACCUGUCUCCACCAUUGCCAGCGAUCGUCACAGUCCCUCACCAUUCAUUACAGCCUCACCUGUCCCCACCAUUGCCAGCGAUCGUCACAGUCCCUCACCAUUCAUUACAGCCUCACCUGUCCCCACCAUUGCCAGCGAUCGUCACAGUCCCUCACCAUUCAUUACAGCCUCACCUGUCUCCACCAUUGCCAGCGAUCGUCACAGUCCCUCACCAUUCAUUACACCCUCACCUGUCCCCACCAUUGCCAGCGAUCGUCACAGUCCCUCACCAUUCAUUACACCCUCACCUGUCCCCACCAUUGCCAGCGAUCGUCACAGUCCCUCACCAUUCAUUACACCCUCACCUGUCUCCACCAUUGCCAGCGAUCGUCACAGUCCCUCACCAUUCAUUACAGCCUCACCUGUCCCCACCAUUGCCAGCGAUCGUCACAGUCCCUCACCAUUCAUUACACCCUCACCUGUCCCCACCAUUGCCAGCGAUCGUCACUGUCCCUCACCAUUCAUUACAGCCUCACCUGUCCCCACCAUUGCCAGCGAUCGUCACUGUCCCUCACCAUUCAUUACACCCUCACCUGUCCCCACCAUUGCCAGCGAUCGUCACAGUCCCUCACCAUUCAUUACAGCCUCACCUGUCCCCACCAUUGCCAGCGAUCGUCACUGUCCCUCACCAUUCAUUACACCCUCACCUGUCCCCACCAUUGCCAGCGAUCGUCACAGUCCCUCACUAUUCAUUACAGCCUCACCUGUCCCCACCAUUGCCAGCGAUCGUCACUGUCCCUCACCAUUCAUUACAGCCUCACCUGUCUCCACCAUUGCCAGCGAUCGUCACAGUCCCUCACCAUUCAUUACAGCCUCACCUGUCCCCACCAUUGCCAGCGAUCGUCACAGUCCCUCACUAUUCAUUACAGCCUCACCUGUCCCCACCAUUGCCAGCGAUCGUCACAGUCCCUCACCAUUCAUUACACCCUCACCUGUCCCCACCAUUGCCAGCGAUCGACACAGUCCCUCACUAUUCAUUACAGCCUCACCUGUCUCCACCAUUGCCAGCGAUCGUCACAGUCCCUCACCAUUCAUUACAGCCUCACCUGUCCCCACCAUUGCCAGCGAUCGUCACAGUCCCUCACCAUUCAUUACAGCCUCACCUGUCCCCACCAUUGCCAGCGAUCGUCACAGUCCCUCACCAUUCAUUACAGCCUCACCUGUCUCCACCAUUGCCAGCGAUCGUCACUGUCCCUCACCAUUCAUUACAGCCUCACCUGUCCCCACCAUUGCCAGCGAUCGUCACAGUCCCUCACCAUUCAUUACAGCCUCACCUGUCCCCACCAUUGCCAGCGAUCGUCACAGUCCCUCACCAUUCAUUACAGCCUCACCUGUCCCCACCAUUGCCAGCGAUCGUCACAGUCCCUCACCAUUCAUUACACCCUCACCUGUCUCCACCAUUGCCAGCGAUCGUCACUGUCCCUCACCAUUCAUUACAGCCUCACCUGUCUCCACCAUUGCCAGGCUGUCUGCCUCUCUUUUGCACUCAUUUCCUCUAUUCCCUUUCUGA